AUGACCAGAACUAUUAACCUACAGUUACCCAAGAGAACUUCUACCUACUCGUCCAACUUUCUUAAGCCUGCUGGCUGUCCAAAGUAUGAGUUUGUAGAAGGUUCAAAGAAGCCAAGCAGACCAAGAAACAAGUUUAUCAUCAUGAGGACAAUUUUCCAUAACUCCUCAUCCAAGAUCGUCAGUGCCAUAUGGAAGCAUUCACCCGACCAGUUUCAAAAAUACUUCCAACUUCUCGCCGAGUUCGAGCAAAACUGGCACAAGCACAACCACUCCCCUGCUGCUGCCCUCACCGACGCCGAAGCAUUCCGCGUCAUCGCACGCUCCCUGCACCCCCAGCCCCGCGUGAUAAAAAGGCGGCAGCAGAAAAAAAAAGUGAAAAUGUUAUGUGGUCGUUUUUCAAGGAUUGAAGAUGUUUUUAGUUCCCUGUAA